GAUUGGCUUUUCUGCUUCUCAUAUGCAAGCAAUGUGUGUUUCGACUGUUUAAUCUUCAGGGUGAAUGCGGAAUCGGAUUCUUAGCAUGCACUGAACUUAGUGUUGGAUAUUCUCGAAUUGAUUUUUCCACGUUUGUAUCGACGAAUUAAUCGGUUGAAAACGACACUCGAAGUCGUGGAUUUUGAUUCUGCUGCCUCUUCCAUUGCAUGCGACGAUUCACUCUUUUGAUUUUUUUUUUCUAGCUUUCAUUUGAUUCCGCGUCUUCAAUCAAUGUUUAUUGACUGAAGUCUACGCAGGAUUGGUACUGUUUAAGUUGAAACUUUUUCACUGUUUAUGAAUUAAUUAGAGAGGCGUGUGAUUAGGGUUUAUAAGCCGCAAGGUUUUGUGAAUAAACCGGAGCCUUUUAUUUAGUAGCAGUAUUAUAUUGUGUUAUGGUAGACGAUUGAAUAAAAUUGGUAGGUGUGUGGAAACUUUUCUUGUUGUAGGCUUGUAGCUACUUUUUUUUUUGGUUGACUAUUACUUUUAUGCUCAAAGGUUCUGUAGCUCAGUAUAUGUACUAGUACUAAUAUGUUUUACUCGGAGAAAAUUUGGAGGGUGUGUUUCGAAAUUUUGAUACUUGUAUAUUUUUAUCAGCUUUUGGCGUGCCACUAAGUCUACUUUGCCUCUCUACUUGAACUCUGAGCUUAAAUAGUUUUAGGUGUAUAUUUGUAACUCAUAUCGUUGUAUGCAUGGAAAAGGCUUGGACUUGCAUUAACCAAUAGUAUUAUCUUUGCUGUGUUUUUUUACUUGUUGAAGUACCUUGGAAUUUAUCCGUCGGAUGCUCGGAUAGCAUUUUAUGAUGUUAAUUUUUUUGUUUAUGUCAUGGGGUGGUUGGCAAAGUUUUCUUCUUAUUAUUGAUAACUUUUAAUGUCCUCUAUCUUGUAAUUAUGGAGGUCUUGAAGCUCAUUCUUUGAAUUGUUCUUGCAGUGAGAAGUAUCUUAUAUCAUAGAAUAUGGAAUUUAACGACCAUUGGAGAGCUUGGCAGACGGUUCAUGUGGCUUAUCAAAAUGGUGAUUUGAGCACAUCAAGUAGUGAAGACGAGCAUGAUCCGUGGACUGCCUGGGCUUACAAGCCUCGCACAAUUACAUUAUUACUAAUUGGUGCAUGCUUUCUUGUAUGGGCAAGUGGAGCUCUUGAUCCUGAACGUGGUUCAGAAACUGAGCUUGUUACUUCUGUGAAAAGGGGUUUAUGGGCGAUGAGCGCAGUGUUCCUUGCUUAUUGCUUAUUGCAGGCUCCUUCAACGAUACUUAUCCGGCCGCAUCCUGCAAUAUGGCGACUUGUUCAUGGAAUGGCUGUAAUAUACCUCGUUGCCUUAACAUUUUUAUUGUUCCAGAAGCGUGAUGAUGCACGGCAAUUUAUGCAAUUCCUCCAUCCUGAUCUUGGUGUUGAACAUCCAGAAAGAUCAUAUGGCGCCGAUUGCCGAAUUUAUUUACCUGAAAAUCCUACAAGCAGGUUUAAGAAUGUUUAUGACACACUUUUUGAUGAAUUUGUUUUGGCACAUAUCCUCGGCUGGUGGGGGAAAGCUAUAAUGAUUCGUAAUCAGCCACUUUUGUGGGUACUUUCUAUCGGAUUUGAGUUGAUGGAGCUGACUUUUCGCCACAUGUUGCCGAACUUCAAUGAAUGUUGGUGGGACAGUAUCAUUCUUGACAUAUUUAUCUGCAAUUGGUUUGGUAUCUGGUCUGGUAUGCGCACAGUUCGGUACUUUGAUGGAAGAACUUAUGAGUGGGUUGGGAUAAGCCAGCAGCCUAACAUCAUGGGGAAAGUCAAACGAACUCUUGGACAGUUCACCCCUGCCAUGUGGGAUAAAGACGAAUGGCACCCAUUUCUUGGUCCAUUCCGCUUUGUUCAAGUUCUGAGCCUUUGCAUUGUCUUCUUGACCGUGGAACUCAAUACUUUCUUUCUGAAGUUUUGCCUUUGGGUUCCUCCUCGAAAUCCUAUAAUUGUAUAUAGGUUGGUGUUGUGGUGGCUUAUAGCAAUACCAACAAUUCGCGAAUACAAUUCUUACUUGCAAGACAGAAAACUAGUGAAGAAAGUAGGUACCUUUUGCUGGCUCUCACUUGCUAUCUGCAUCGUGGAACUCCUCAUUUGUAUCAAGUUUGGACAUGGACUGUUCCCUAAUGUCAUGCCGAGGUGGGUGGUUAUAUUUUGGACGACUGUCGGAAUUGGGCUCGUCGUAUUCUUGGCUGCAUGGUCGUAUCAACUACACAGGUCAAUGAAGAAAAAAUGGCAAUAGGUUCAUUUGGGGGGGGGGGGGGAUUCAACAAUUUUCUUUGAGAUCUCCAUGUUUUCUUUGGGUAAUUUGAGGUUGUGUAAAUACCCACUGCAAUUUUAAUUGUAAAUGUUUUACUUUUUAGGUUAGAUCCUACUCUUGUUGAAUUUAUAAAUCUUAAUUCUUUGUGGGCAAAUGUUGCCAGUGCCACAUUUUUUUUUCUUCAUUCAUAUUUUAACAUUUAAGGAGUUUUUCGCAUUGUGUUA